CCAACCCUAUCUGAGCGACCCAUGCUAGAACCAUAACCCUGAAACAACCAUUGAAAUCGGUACCAUUCGACUCUCGAGAACCAUCCACGAGAACCUCAAAGAUGCAUUGUCCUUAUCUUUCGAUAACUCGGAGUCCGCCAUGUUCUGCCUCAUAUGCAGCCACAUGGAUUGCACAUUCCAGACUCGACGUUUUUCGCGAAGCGCGAAUGCGGCUGGAAGUUGGAUCUUUCCCUCUAGAUUCCACGACCACCACACCUGCACAAAAGGUAAGCAGCGACAGUGCGUGGUUGUCGCCAUGGUCGGCGGGCACCGAAAAGUCACCCAUCGACACGUCCUCCUUUCUCCCCGGAAUCGGUCGGACGUAAGCAGACUCCAUGCAUGUUCUAGACCCACGCAACGCUCUCAAAGACAGCACCUCUGCUAUCGGCCUUGCUUAGGUAGGCCUCUGGGAUUGCGCUUGUUGCAGUGUGGUAGAAAGAGCAGUUCUCAAAGAUGUGUUCAUCGAUAUCACUUUGUGCGAGAAACGUGCCUACGAUGCCAUGAUUUCAUUCUGAUCACCAACGAACAGGCCAAUCACCUCAACAGUUCAGCAUGUUUCUGCAGGACCCAACGGCGCAGCGACUGUUCUCAAAGUAUUCCAAGCCUCUGCUCUGCCAUAUGGACUGUUCAUGAUGCGUUGCUGAUAUUGCGAGAAGCCUUCUCGCAGGCCCACCGCGUUCCUAACCAGUUUUCAGAGAAGACCGAGCUAUCAGCAUCUUUUCAUGGUUUAACAUGUUGCGCAGAGACGUCCCCUCCUGCGAUCAACCGACCCGCAAGCUGGGUGCGACCCUUUCGCCGACACCUUAGUGCCACAUGCUCAUCGAGCAACCUGCCACCAACCUCUCCUAGCAGUGUUUCCGAUGGUGUCUACCCUCUCCCACGAUAUCGUACCAGCCUGUACCGAAGCUGUCCGCAAAGAAAGUCCCACCGUCAUUCCGCUUUGCUACUACAUCCCAAAACCACGAGCCACUGCGACUUAAACCACAGGAAAUUCAUAUGCAGGGCAACGGCUUGCCAUAGUGAACGACGAAAUCCGAAUGAAAAGCUCGGCGCCUGCCUUCGUAUCAAGCAUCGAGGGCCACGACAACCGAGUAGACUAGCGACCAAUAUCUCGCUCACCCCCACCUUCGUCUAAGCCAGCGCCUCGGAACAUGCGCGAUAUGAGUGACGACAAGCAUCCUGAUUGCCUGACCUCUCUACCGACACAACAGAGAGACUCUUAGCAUAUUCAUCGUGGGAAGUGUCCAAGGAAGACAUCUGCUGCAGCUACUGUC